CGUCAGAGCCCGCGGAGCAGCCCGCCGCCGAGUGGGUGGUGCAGGCAGGGGUGGUAUAUCCUGUCUGCCGAGGGCGGGCCCGCCAGUGCCUGCAGAGGGAAGAGCCGGGGCGGAGGCGCCGGAGCAGCUGCAGGAGCCCUCGGCCGGUCGCACACUCUAUGGCCACAGGCGGCCGCUGAGCGCGAGGAGACCACGCCGCUGCCCGCCGCCGCCCCGCACCGCCCGCGCCUCUCCGCCGCCGCCGGCCGCGCCUCCGCCACCAUGAACCACUCGCCGCUCAAGACCGCGCUGGCUUACGAAUGCUUCCAGGACCAGGACAACUCCACGCUGGCCUUGCCGUCCGACCAAAAGAUGAAGACAGGCACGUCGGGCAGGCAGCGCGUGCAGGAGCAGGUGAUGAUGACCGUCAAGCGGCAGAAGUCCAAGUCCUCGCAGUCGUCCACACUGAGCCACUCCAACCGAGGUUCCAUGUAUGAUGGCUUAGUGGACAAUUAUAACAACUAUGGGACCACCGGCCGGAGCAGCUACUACUCCAAGUUCCAGGCAGGGAACGGCUCAUGGGGAUAUCCGGUCUACAAUGGGACCCUCAAGCGGGAGCCAGAAAACAGGCGCUUCAGCUCCUACAGCCAGAUGGAGAGCUGGAGCCGGAACUAUCCACGGGGCAGCUGUGCCACACCUGGGGCAGGCAGUGACAUCUGCUUCAUGCAGAAAAUCAAGGCAAGCCGCAGUGAGCCUGACCUCUACUGUGACCCAAAGGGCACUUUGCGCAGGGGCACACUGACCAAGGGCCACAAGACCACCCAGAACCGCUACAGCUUCUACAGCACCUGCAGUGGCCAGAAAGCCAUCAAGAAGUGCCCUGUGCACCCACCCUCCUGCGCCUCCAAGCAGGACCAGGUGUAUGUGCCACCCAUCUCUUGCAACAAAGACUUGUCCUUCGGCCACUCAAGGGCCAGCUCCAAGAUCUGCAGUGAGGACAUUGAGUGCAGUGGACUGACUAUCCCCAAGGCUGUGCAGUACUUGAGCUCCCAGGAUGAGAAGUACCAGGCUAUCGGGGCCUAUUACAUCCAGCACACCUGCUUCCAGGAUGAAUCCGCCAAGCAACAGGUCUACCAGUUGGGAGGCAUCUGCAAGCUGGUGGACCUCCUCCGUAGCCCCAACCAGAAUGUCCAGCAGGCCGCCGCGGGGGCCCUGCGCAACCUGGUGUUUCGGAGCAAUACUAACAAGUUGGAGACCCGGAGGCAGAAUGGGAUCCGUGAGGCUGUCAACCUCCUGCGGAGAACCGGGAGCACGGAGAUCCAGAAACAACUGACAGGGCUGCUCUGGAACCUGUCUUCCACUGACGAGCUCAAGGAGGAGCUGGUGGCUGAUGCCCUGCCUGUUCUGGCUGACCGGGUCAUCAUUCCCUUCUCGGGCUGGUGUGAUGGCAACAGCAACAUGUCCAGGGACGCGGUGGACCCUGAGGUCUUCUUCAAUGCCACAGGCUGCUUGAGGAACCUGAGCUCUGCAGAUGCUGGCCGCCAGACCAUGCGGAACUACACAGGGCUCAUCGACUCCCUCAUAGCCUAUGUCCAGAACUGCGUGGCGGCCAGCCGUUGUGAUGACAAGUCCGUGGAGAACUGCAUGUGCAUCCUGCAUAACCUCUCCUACCGCCUGGACGCUGAGGUGCCCACCCGCUACCGCCAGCUGGAGUACAACGCCCGCAAUGCCUACAUGGAGAAAUCUUCCACCGGCUGCUUCAGCAACAAGAGUGACAAGAUGAUGAACAACAACUACGAGUGCCCCCUUCCGGAGGAAGAGACCAAUCCCAGGGGCAGCAGCUGGCUGUACCACUCAGAUGCCAUCCGCACCUACCUGAACCUCAUGGGCAAGAGCAAGAAGGAUGCCACCCUGGAGGCCUGUGCUGGUGCCCUGCAGAACCUGACGGCCAGCAAGGGGCUGAUGUCCAGUGGCAUGAGCCAGCUGAUCGGACUGAAGGAAAAGGGUUUGCCACAAAUUGCCCGCCUCCUACAAUCUGGAAAUUCGGAUGUGGUGCGGUCUGGGGCCUCCCUCCUGAGCAACAUGUCCCGCCAUCCUGUGCUGCACAGAGUGAUGGGGAAUCAAGUGUUCCCAGAGGUGACUAGGCUUCUCACCAGCCAUACUGGCAACACCAACAACUCUGAAGAUAUCUUGUCCUCAGCCUGCUACACUGUGAGGAACCUGAUGACCUCACAGCCACAGCUGGCCAAGCAGUACUUCUCCAGCAGCAUGCUCAAUAAUGUCAUCAACCUGUGCCGUGGCAGCACCUCACCCAAAGCUGCAGAGGCUGCCCGGCUCCUCCUGUCUGACAUGUGGGCCAACAAGGAGCUUCAGGGUGUCCUCAGACAGCAAGGUUUCGAUAGGAACAUGCUGGGAACCCUAGCUGGGGCCAACAGCCUCAGGAACUUUACCUCCAGAUUCUAAGAAGAGACUUUCCAGGCAAGCUUGGCUUGCAGAGGUUAUGAUCCAGUUGAGAAGACCUCAGGCCUUGCUGGAUGCGUUUUUCUGUCCAUCUUGUGCAGUAUUUGGAAAAGUUCAGAUGCAUCUGAGAGCAAACCUGGAAACUGUGGAGGGUGGAAAUAUUUUUAGAUUCUUUUUUUUCCUUGAGGGAAUUGGCAGGCAAUGAGGGUUGGGGAGGUUGGGCGGGGUGGGGGGUCUUUCUUGAGUUAAAGGGGCUUACAUCUGAUGUCAAUACUUCUUGCUCUGAGAAAUGAGGUAUGUGUGCAUGUGUAUAAUGUGAGAGUGUGGUCAUGUGCAUAUGCAUGUAUGUGUGUGCUUGAGUGACUGACAGCAUUACCACAAGCCACAGAAAGUUAGGUAGGUGUGCUGUUUUAUUGCAGCUCAUAAGGUAGUGCAGAGGACCCUGUGUGUCUUUUCCCUUACAGGCAAGAGGGACACACGCUUUUUGGUUAGCUGCCUAUAGAUCUAGGAGUGGGUUGUGCCAGGUGGGAGUCACCAGUGCUGGUACUAGAAGAGUCCUGAAGCCUUCCUGCCACCAUCUCCCAGCGGUGGAGCUGGGGUUGAUGCCCCCCUUAAGAGGCUGCUGCCUGCUGGAAGGUUGGCUGGACCGCUGGGAUUCAGUGUAUCUCAUGGGUCUGACAGUGUGGCCAGUCCUAGAGGUCAGGGUUGGGCAUGGUGUGGGGCACUGAAGGCAGCAGGACACUCACUUCCUUAGCUCUGCAGGGACUCUGGGGAGCAGACACCAAAGAAAUGGGGUUAGUGGUCCUCUAGGGCUGUAUACUCACAGAGUGGCUUCAACCUGUAAGUCCUACUCUCCGGAAUCCUGUGAUCUUCUUUCUGCAGGAGAAAGAAGGCAAAAAUGGUUUUUGGAGCCAAAGGUUGUCCAGGGAGGGGCUAUUUGAUCUCAUCUUUCCUGUGGAGAGGGAAUAGGCAGGGGCAUCCACUUACUCCAGCUUCCAACAGACUGGGGGAGGCAAGCUGGAAAUUAUCAGGGACAUAUUUCCCACCAAGCCCACUAAGAGUCAAGUGAGGGAGAGUCUGACGGCCCAGGGGACUGGAGGAAAGGAAUUCAGACAGGUUAAGAAGGGGAAAUGUCCCCAGUAGCACACCAACAAGUCCCCAUUCCAGCCACAGGCCAUCCUUGCCCUCUUCCCCUGAGCCCCAGCCACCCUGACUCCAUUCUAUCUUUUGUGAAACCCACAGUGGAUGUCAUAAGAGCCCCCCUAACUCCAGCACCAGUACCCCCUAAAGUCACAGAUUGUGCAUUUCAGAUGGUCAGCAGCCAAAGGCCUCCAGAGGACUGCACAGAGAGACCUGUCUGGCAACAACGCUUAGCAGUGACUUGCAAGACGGAGCAGAUCUGAGCACUAAGAGACUUAGCUGCUGGGGAUGGGAGAGGCCACAUCUGCAAGAACUUCAUCCUCUGAAGCAGUGCAGGCAGACCAGGGUGCUCCAGCUCUGUGGGUCUGCAACACCCUCCCUUGUUUGACCCAUGCUGGAAGACCUGCUCCUGGUUCUCCCUCUGGGAGCCUGUUCCACCAGCCCAUCCCAAUAGUAGGUUUCAGGAUAUCUCUCCACCAGUCCUCGGGACCCAGAAUGAUCUAUUUCUUUAUAACAUUUAUGGAGCACCUCUUCUGUGCCAAGCAGAGGGUUCAAAGCACCUGGAAUAUAUCAGUAAACAAAACAGUCCUCGCCUCUGUCCUUAGAGGACACCCCACCCUGGGUGUGAAAGGAGGAAAGACGUGGGAUCCUUGGCUUUAGGAUCCCCAGUUAGAGAGGAUGGAGGCUUGGCCAGGAAAAGAGGAUAACAAAUUGAUACACACAGAUCUCUUAUGAGCCCAGGGAGGUGCCCUACCAUGCAGCACAGUCCAGACUUCCUGGGACUACUUGAUUCAGUUUCCUUUGCCCUAGAAUGAAGAAUCAGGUGGGCCCCUCCUCUGCUUUGGGAAUGAGGUAGCCACUCCAACCUCAGGGGCCUGACCUGGACAGUUAGGCCAGGCCUGGCUAUGGCAGCCUCUCUCAAGCCCUCUCAAGCUGGCCAGGUGGUCUGGUCAUCUGUGUCUCUGAUCAUGCCUGGCAUUUGGGAAGAACAGAAAGAAGUGGGGGAUGGGUCUCUGGGCUUCAGGACACACAUUGCAGUGUGUCAAAUCCACAUUGGCCUCUCACUAUGAGGGUCAACACCCAAAACAAGAAGUUCUAAUUUGGGGGCAAAUGAGGAAGGACAUUGAUCCCAUGCCUCCUGCGGGCCUCCUGCGAUUAUGACUCGCCCAGUCCCUCACCACCAGUGACUUCUCCACUGGGGCCCCAUUCCGACAGUUCUCUGGGGACCUCAGCAGCAGAUGUUCUUUGCUGGCUGGGAGAUGGGUGAUGGGGCUCUAAGGUAGGAGGAGACAGCCCAGGAUGCUGUGAGGUAUCUGAGAGGUUCCCUCUAACCCAUCCCUCCCUUUGCUUCAUGUUUUUAUAACAAUCUUGUGCUGGCCAAGCUCAGUUUCCCUGUAUGAUGCACAUGUAUGUGUUUGUGUGUGUGAGUGUGUAUAUGUGUUUUUGAAAUAUAGGAAAUCAAUAAAUUGCUAGUAUUUCUUUGAA